CCAAGCGGCUCUAAGCGCCGCACAUGCGCAUCGGACACCGCUUCGGGGGUUCGGCAGCCGCCGAGCUGAUUGGCCUGCUGGAGACCGAAUCCGGCUACCUGAUUGGCUGAGAAGCUGUGGCGACAGCUUCCGGAAAAGGGAAGAGCCACCAACAUGGCGUCGGGGGGCGGCGCGGGGCUGCAGCAGCCGCCGCAGGAGAUGAUGGAGGUUGACAGAAGAGUUGAGUCUGAAGAAUCAGGUGAUGAAGAGGGAAAGAAACAUAGAGAAGGCCUGGUCUCAGAACUGAGUCAGCAAAGUCUGAGAGAUGAUCUGAACCUCGACAACCCAGAAGCCAUUGCAGGAAUUAUAGAGAUGAGUAAAGCAGAGGCCUGCCCUCGCCAGGAUCAGCACCAGCACCUGCUCUCCUUGGCAGGAGUCAUCUGGCAUGCAAAAGAAUCGGAACUCCCUGUGGAUAUGGAGACUGUUCACUUGGACGAAGAUGCUGAGGAUAUUGAUCUAAAUCAUUAUCGAAUUGGGAAAAUUGAAGGGUUUGAAGUCCUGAAGAAAGUGAAGACCCUCUGCCUCCGUCAGAACCUCAUUAAAUGUAUUGAGAACUUGGAAGAGCUACAGAGCCUUCGAGAGCUGGAUCUCUAUGACAACCAGAUCAGAAAGAUCGAGAACCUGGAGGCGCUGAAGGACCUUGAGACUUUAGACAUUUCUUUUAAUCUUCUGCGAAGCAUCGAAGGCAUAGAUCAGCUCACCCAGCUGAAGAAACUUUUCCUGGUCAACAACAAAAUCAGCAAAAUUGAGAAUUUAAGUAACCUCCAGCAGCUAAAGAUGUUAGAGCUUGGAUCCAACCGAAUCCGGGCCAUCGAGAACAUCGACAGCCUGACCAACCUGGACAGUUUGUUCUUGGGGAAGAACAAGAUCACCAAGCUCCAGAAUCUGGACGCCCUCACCAACCUCACGGUGCUCAGCAUGCAGAGUAACCGGCUAACCAAAAUCGAAGGCCUCCAGAACCUGGUGAACCUCCGGGAGCUCUACCUCAGCCACAAUGGCAUCGAGGUCAUCGAGGGCUUGGAGAACAAUAACAAACUCACAAUGCUGGACAUUGCAUCAAACAGGAUCAAAAAGAUUGAAAACGUCAGCCACCUAAUAGAACUACAGGAAUUCUGGAUGAAUGACAAUCUCAUCGAGAGCUGGAGUGACUUGGACGAGUUAAAGGGAGCCAAGAACCUCGAGACCGUUUACCUGGAGCGGAACCCUCUGCAGAAGGAUCCCCAGUACCGGCGUAAGAUCAUGCUGGCCCUGCCCACCAUCCGGCAGAUCGACGCCACGUUUGUGCGGUUCUGAGUCUCGCCUGCCCUCGCUCGCCCUCCUCCGGCCACGCCACGGGCUUUUUAAUCCACCUCUCGCUCCCCGAGUCUUCACUGACCAACAGCUACCAACGGCCAAUAACAAACCACUGAAUGGUCACACAGACGUGUAUGAUGCACCCUCUUACGAUUGUUUUUGAGAUGUUAUUAUUAUUAAAUCUUGCAACACAAUGUUUCCUAGUUCAGAGUUGUUGAUUAUUCCAGCAGAGCCUUUCAGCCAUCCGAGUGCAUGGGGCGUAGUGCAUGGUGUGGGGGACUGUCUUGGAUCAGGUGACCGCCUCCCCCCCGGGCCUCCUUGCCGGGCCCUCCAGGGCAGCCCCACUCUUGGAUUAGCCUCGUGAUGCCUCUGGAAGAACAAGUCUUCUGGCCAAAGACUGCCCCAAGGGACCCCUGCCCAGCCUGCAUGUCUGCUCCUCCCCCGUCCCCCUUUGAGACUGGCCCGGGGCCUCUAACUGGGUCCGGACCUGGAGCAGGAAGCCACUGCUUCCUCACCCCUAAGUGAUCACCAAAGCCCUUUCCUUCAUGGUCCCCAGACUGCGAGGUGACGGUCUGAGUAGUGCUAGGGGCAGAGACGUGGCGUGGAACCCAGUGCCAGACUGGGCUCUCGCCCUGUCCCCGGGGACCUUAGGCCAGACACUGACGAGAGGGCCGGACCAGAGCGUUCCGAGGUCCCCCCCCCAUCUCAGCCCUCGCCGUCCCCCACAUCCGGAAUGCAUUCCCUCCCUCCCUCCCUCCUAGAAUCCCAGGUUCCCUCAAGGCUCAGCUCCAUGAGGCCCCCGCCCCACCCCCCUCUCCUGGUAGUAUUUUGUAUUAACUGUGUACAUCUUGUUUUCCUCUAGUAUGUGAGCCCCUCGAGGGCAGGGAUUCUUUCCUUUUUGUCUGGCAAACAGUAGGCGAUCAAUAAAUGCUUGUUGAAUGAA